AUGGGAGAGGGCUCCAAGAUCUCUAAUAUCACUGACGCUCUGUCGUUGAACCAGCGUACCUGGACCUGGAUUACCGGACAGGAACACGAGCUGGCCAACGACGACCUCUUGAUACCCAUUCGCCCGAUUGUGACGGUCAAUAGAGGCUUGUUGCCUCUUAUCAAAGGAUACACCGAGCUUCGCGACUUCGUCAGAUCCUUUCACCAUGAUAAGUGGGGCCCCAACAACACGGCCAGAGUCAAGAACAUCUGCUUGAGCUGGAUUGAUCAUCUCUACUCUGCCAGCGCCGCCAUCAGAAUGGCCACAUCUCCUCCCUCCGCCCUCGCCAAACACGGUCACCACGACCGCCUCAUUCUGCUCUGGCCUGCCACACUGGACUACGNNACAAGGAAGUCUGGUAAAAGCUCACAACCAUUAAGCACGUCGUCCGGAAGCUGCUUCUGGGCCACAGGGGCCUGCUCUGCGAGGAUAGAUGCCGUGACUGCUGGACAGGUCCUGCACUUUGGCCGCUUCACUGAUGCGGCUGCCAAGUUCAAGUCAGGCGACACAGGGACCCCGGAGAUUGAUGCUGGGAAACGGCUGCUCUACUCAUGUCUGCAUACUGCGGGCCAAGUACUCGGAGCCGCCACUCGAANNAAGCUGCUGUAG